ACCGGGGCGCCGUUGGGUCCCGCGCCGGUUGCUGAGAGGCGGCGGGCGGCCGAAGUUACCGGCCGCUCCCCGGGCUUUUUGUGGGCUUUCCCGAGGCGUAGCUCUCCGUGGGGCGGUGAAGCUUUCCGCUGGAAAUAUGGCCACUGAGCUCGGCAGCGGGGGAGAGCCAGAUCAGAGGCUAAAUGUGGCACUUGGACAGUACGAAACAGACGAGAUUUUAAGAGCUACUGAUGAGCAGAAAAAUGCCCCUGGUGGUGAUGGCAUAUCAGGAUCCAGGAUGACGGACCAAAGGUUGUCAACUCUAAUCGCGCAGUAUGAUAAACACUUGGAAGAAAUGAGAGAACAGCAGCAGCUUUAUCAGGCACAAAUGAGCAAGAUGAGACAAAAAUUUGAAGAAGUCACCAAGGAAAAUGAAAGGCUGCAUGCAGAGUUGAAAGAGGCUCUUGAGAAGCAACUGGAGGCUCUUCCUUUCAUGCCUUUGGGAACUGAUAUUCCUGCAGAUGAAGACAUAGUGAGAAACCUUCAAGAACAACUACAACUGACGAAUCAAGAAAAAGAACAAGCAAUUGAGCUCUGGCAGACUGUAUUACAGGAGCAUGAUCGACUCCAGCAGCAGUACCAGGAACGUAUGACUGAAACACAGAUUCACGUGGCUGAAAGGCAAAAGCAGAAAGAUCAACUGACUGGCUUUCAACAGUUGACUCGGCAACUGCAUAUAGCCAAUGAGAAAAUAGAGUUGAGCAAUCAACAGUUUCUGAAAACUGUAACAGAACAGAAUAUGGAACUAGAGCAGCUACGAAAACAACUGAGGCAAGCCAAAAUAGAUGGGCGGACAGCAAAUGCUAAGGUUGAUGAAAUGACCAGAUUGACAGAGAAGCUUCAAGGCCAAUUGGAGAGAAAGGAAGAAGACGUGGUAUCUGCCCAGCAAAGAGAAACAGCAUCUGACAAACGCUUGCAGCAAAUGCAGUCUAGUAUAAAACAAUUAGAAGCAAGAUUACGUGUUACUGUCCAAGACGCUGAACAGUUGAGAACAGAAAGAACAGCCCUGGAGAAACAAAUCGGAGAGCUUCAGACAAAGUAUGCUAAUCUAGAAAGGGAGAAGUAUGAUGCUGUUGCAAAAGUCCAAGAUUGCAUACAGCUCUUAGAAGAAGCUAAUCUACAAAAAAGUCAGGCACUCUUCGGGGAGAAACAAAAGGAAGAGGAAAUCAAACAAAUGAAAGAUGAAAUGUCUCAACUUGCAGAAGAUACUGCUGCAAGAAUUAGAAAGGCAGUAGACUCUGCAAAGAAGCAAUAUAAUGUGCAGAUUUCUCGACUAACAGAAGAACUUUCAGCUCUUCAGAUGGAAUGUGGAGAAAAACAGAGUCAAAUUGAGCGAGCCAUUAGAGAAAAGAGAGCAGUGGAAGAAGAACUUGAAAAGAUGUACAGGGAAGACAGAGGACAUGAAUCCGACAAUAGAAAACUAGAGCAACUGCAUCAGAAAUAUUUACUUGCAGAAACUACGAAAGGUGACCUUCAGCUAAGUCUACAGACAACACAAAAUAAGCUGAAACAACUGGAAAUGAACUCUGAAGAAGAGAAAUCUCGUUGCCAGGAAGCUAUCUCUAAAUUGCAAAGCAUUCUGGAUUCAGAAAGAGAAAAGAGUGCCUUUGUCAGUGAACAAAGGCUGAAACUUCAGCAAGAGAAUGAACAAUUGCAAAAAGAAAUGGAGGGUUUGAGAAAACUGGCCAUAGAAGCUCAACAAAAAGCUAAAAUAAAGAUAAGCACAAUGGAGCAUGAGCACGCUGUGAAGGAACAUGGAUAUGAAGCUCGACUUAAGGAAAUGGAAGACACCAGUCAAAAGUCUACUGCUGAACUUAGACGACUGUUAGUAGCUCAGCAAAAAGCAACAAAUCGGUGGAAAGAAGAAACAAAAAAUCUUACUGAAACUACAGAAGCCAGGAUCAGUAAGCUAAAAAGUGAGCUGAGUCAACAAAAACUUCGUAGCCAGGAGCUCAUUUCUCAGCUGGAAAUGGCAAAUGAAAAGGUAACUGAGGAUGAAAAAGUAAUGAUGGAAUAUCGAGAAUACAUCAAUAGGCUUCAAAGGCGAUUGAGCCAGGCAGAACAGAGGGCAGCUACAGCAUCUCAAAAGCUCAGCCUGAUAACAACACAGAAGAAAAAAGCUGCUUCCCUGAAGGAUCUGGAAAAUAUUUAAACACAUGUAUUGUUCAUUCCCACCACACUGGAGUUAAGAAGAUUGCUGGAGAAACUUCGUAUUGGAGCAUUGAAG